AUUCGUAGCAGUACCACUUCUACCACCAAUUUUCCUGUAGAUAUUUUGGCUACGCCAUCUUCAAGUCGUCAGGAGGACAACCGUCAGCAAAAGCGAAGCUAUUUAGAUAGGGAUAGUGUCGUUGAGGAAAAACUUAAAAAUAAAAAAACAAAAAGAAAUAAAAUUUGUUUGGAAGGUCUGAGAAUUGUGGAUGCCCAGUACCUAAUUCAGCAGGUGUUAAACUUACCACAUCAUGGAUUAUUUCACUGCAGUGGUGACAACGUCAAAAUAGUUAAAGAGUUCAAAAAAGGCCUACUUUCAAAAUUUUUGUUGCAUUGCAACAUCUGCGAAGAAACGUUUAGCAUUAAUAGUGAAAACCCUCAAAGCAAAACACUUCGAAUUAAUGCCUUAGCAGUUAAAGGAGCUAUUUCGAUUGGAAUUGGGUCAAGUCAGUUGUCGGAGUUACCUCCUAUACUUGAACGGAUGUAUCGUAAUAUUCAAAAUGAUCUGGGGGACUAUUACCAUAAAGCUGCUUGGAGUUCGAUGAUAGAAGCUGGACAAGAGAAAGCUACGUUAGCAAAAGAGAAUGGGGAAGUUGAUAAGAAUGGUUAUCCAUUAAUAACGGUAGUAGCUGACGGAUCUUGGGCGAAACGGUCUUAUAAGACUAAUUAUAGUUCAAACUUAGGAGCAGGUGCGAUUAUAGGAUAUCGCACUAAAAAAAUUUUAUAUUUAAGUAUAAAAAACAAAUACUGCUCCUUUUGUAAAUUGUUUGGCGAGGAGAAGGACCAUAGAUGCUACAAAAAUUGGGAUGGGUCUUCAACUGAAAUGGAAAGUAAGACUAUUUUAGAUGGAUUUCACUGUAGUAUGUAUAUGCAUGGAUUGAGAUAUAAAUAUCUUAUUGCUGAUGGAGAUAGCAGUAUUUAUCAAAAAAUAUUAGAAAGCAGGCCAUAUGGUAACAUGGUAGUAGAAAAAAUAGAAUGCCGAAACCAUUUGUUGAGAAGCUGUUGUGCACGUUUGCGGGAUAUUGCAGAAAAAAGGUACAGUACCGCAGGAAAGUUAGUUCCAGUCAAAUUGCGUAGUUUGUUAAAAUCUAAUAUUUUAACGCUACGAAUUGCUAUCGACAAAGCUGCUAAACACCAUCGAGAAUCUGAAGUUGCAAUGGAACAUAAAAUAACAAAUCUAAAGCCUGACAUAUCUAAUAGCCCAUAUCAUAUAACUAUUAUGGCAAAAAUAACCGAUAAAUUAAUUGAAAAGCGAAGACGUCAGAAAAGGGAGUCAGAACAAAGAAGACGGGAAACAAUUAGGAAUAAUCCAGAGCUACAUGAGCAAGCUAAACAAAAAGAAAGAGAGCGAUACUACAAAAGAAAAGUGGAGGGAAAAAUAAAGUCGGUAAAUCAGUUAAAUAACAGAGAAAAACGACAUGUAAGAAAACAAUGGAUAAAAUAUUCAAAGAAAUACAGAGAUAACUUAAAAGCAGUUGACAGAGAAAAUAGAUUUUUAAUGGACUAUACACCACCAGGUACACCUAUGAACAAUUCAGACAAUGAAAACAAUAUGAAUGCUAGUAAUGCAGGGUCAGGUAGAGCAAUGGCAGGAAGAAAACGAGUACUAAGAAAGCGUUCAGAAACUGUAAGGAAGUUGAAAAAGAUUGAACACGAAUUAGUGAAAUAUAAAAAAAAAGCUCUGAGAUAUAAAACUAAAUAUUAUAGAAUAAAAAAACGUUACGCAACACAGAGGAAAUCUUCUUCUCCCAAAUCAAAAGUGGACUAUCUUACUAAAGGCCGUAAAGUAGAUAAAGUUAUAAAACAGCACUUACUAUUUGGGGAGGUAUUAAAAAGACAGUUACAUAAUAAUUUUGAAAAAUUAGGUAAUAGCUAUAAAAAGAAACGACAAUUUUUUAAAUUCACCACAGGAUCACUCUUUAAAAAAUACCGUUUGUGGCAUCAAGUCACACAAGAAUUCGGGUCAUACAAAUUAAUAAAACAACAAAAGACACCAAAAAAUGUAACGCAUUCCGACUUAAGAAAAGUUGUAACACAAUUUUAUGAAAGGGAUGACAACAGUCGAAUGUGUCCUGAAUCACUGAAAAACUUGCACAAAAAAUUUGCUUCGGAAAAUUCUGAAUCGGUAAAACUUAGUUAUGCGACAUUUUAUAAGCUUAGACCUUUUUGGGUAAUAAUACCGACGGUACAUCAGAGAGAUACUUGUCUAUGUGUUACUCACGAAAAUAUGCUUUUACUAGUUACAAAAAUGAAAGUACUCCAAAUAAUUAAUGAAAGCAGUCCAGAAGCAUUAUUGAAAACUAUUUGUUGUGAAGCAAGACAGGAAUGCAUAGAAAGAAAAUGUUUAAUGUGUAAAGAUAAAACAUUUCAGUUUAAUACUUUUAAUGCAAAUGAAAACACAUCUUUUAAGAAAUGGAUAACGAAAAGUUUCAAUGUGAAAAUAAAAGAAAAGGAGAAGAUAUGCAAAAGAAUUUUAAAAGACGAAGUUAAGUGUACGAAAGGUGAAAUGAUAAAGCUUCUGAAGGAAGGAUUUCCGAAAUAUAUGAUACACGUUUUGAAUAUGAAGCAUCAAUAUAAGAUGAUUUGGUAUCUACGAGACCAUUUAGAGCCAGAGAAAGAAUUCCUACUUCAUGUAGACUUUUCGGAAAACUAUAACUGCAAAUAUUAUAGAGAAGUUCAAAGUGCACAUUUUGGCAGUUCAAAACCGCAGAUUUCCAUGCAAACUGUGGUUUGGUACUACAAAGAAAACAAUGAAAUUGUAUCAAAUUCGUAUUGCCGUUUUUCAGAAAGUUUGCGACAUGACCCCUCGGCUAUUUUAGGGUAUUUAAAUCCAUUGUUAGAAACGAUUAAAAGAAAAUUACCAUAUUUAAAGAGGGCUCAUUUCUGUAGUGACGGGCCCAGCACACAAUAUAGAAAUAAAACAAUGUUCCAGUUAAUUGGUACAGAGCUAGCAAGUAUUUUGGAAGUAGAAGUAAUUUCAUGGUACUAUUUUGAAAGUGGUCAUGGUAAAGGAGCUGUAGAUGGAGUAGGAGGUUGUCUAAAAAGAACCGCUGAUAGACUGGUAGCUUGUGGCAUUGACAUACCAAAUAUGAAUGCACUUCUUUUUCAUUUGAGAGACGCUUGCCCAGGGAUUCAAAUUGAAGAAAUAACUCCCACAGAUAGCAAAAUUUGA